UAUUCAUUUGAGAACAAAUAUAAAUCUGAAUAAGGAGAUGAUCCAAGACUUUUGGCCCAGAAACCAUGGAAAUUUUUACAGAAAGUGUCGAAUAAAAUCAGAAAGCAAAAUAGUUCGUGAGAAAUCAAAGCAAAACCAGAAAGAAGAACCAGAGCAAUUCGUUUUGCCCAUUACCCGAAAUUGCAGCCAUCGUGCCAUGGAUGAACAAAAUAAAAACAAAAACUGCCCACUUUCUCCAUCUCUAUCCACGUUUAAACUUCCCCUAACUCCCAUUUUCGCCGCUAUAAAUCUCCUCAAGUCAUCACUUACAGUUCCAUUCUCUCAAAUUUCCGAUUCCUUCUCAUAGCUUCCGCCCAUGGCUUCAAACUCCAUGAAUCCCUUCGUCAUUCUGCUCCUCCUGGUCAUCUCCUUCUCCGCCGUGGCUUCCUUUGAGUUCCAAGUCGGUGGCGCCCGGGGGUGGGUGGUGCCGCCGGCCAACGACAGCAAAAUCUACAACGAUUGGGCCUCAGAAAACAGGUUCCGAGGCGGCGACACCGUCCGUUUCCGGUACAAGAAGGAUUCCGUGAUGGAAGUAACAGAAGAAGAAUACAAAAGGUGCAACUCCACACAGCCGAGCUUCUUCUCGAACACCGGCAACACGGUGUUCAAUUUGGGGCGGUCGGGGACUUUCUACUUCAUCAGCGGCGCCAAUGGGCACUGCCAAAGAGGGCAGAGGAUGAUCGUGAAGGUCCUGACCGAAGACGAUUCUUCCUCGAACCCUUCUCAGAAAUCCUCUGCUGCGAGUGCAAGGGCUCGAAUUUCUUCGCUAGGGUUUCUCAAAUUUGUCUCUGCUCAGUUGGCUCUGUCGUGCUUUGCUUCGAUUCUGCUUUAAGUUGGAUCAAUGGCGUCUUCUUCGUCUUGAAGAUUUCGCGUUUACAGACCAUUUGUUGAAAUUUGAAACUUGCUUGUAUUCUUAACUUUGCUUGUAUUUUGCGUUUAAUGAAUUGGGCUUUUCAUCGUUUUGUUUGUAUUUUCCAUUCUU